CAUGCAAUGCUGCCCUGUAGAGUGCAGCCUGUUGGACACUCAAGUCACGACGCAAACGCAACAUACUAGCGAGCGCUGCCGAGUGCCGCUGUACUGACUAUUGCAGCCGUUUUCCGAGCACGUGUUCGCGAUCACUUAUCGAGGGUGUAUAAUUAACAAUUGUUCUCGACCAUAACUAAGCAGUUGACUUUGAUUUUGUGUUUAAUUCUACGCUUUAAUCAACGCAUCGUUCAAGAUGGUUGUCAUUGGCAAAAAAAAGUAUGAAGCAGGGGAGGCAACACAGUUUAUGACUAGGAAGCAAGCUUUGAAAAAGCUACAGCUUUCUCUCAAUGAAUUUAAGAGACUAUGCAUUUUAAAAGGAAUUUACCCUAGGGAACCUCGCAACAGAAAGAGAGCUCAAAAAGGAGACACUCGUAUUAAACUUUUGUAUGCCAAAAAAGAUAUACAAUUUUUAUUGCAUGAACCCAUAAUAUGGAAGUUGCGGGACUACAAGGUCUUUGCAAGAAAAGUGACAAAGGCAAAAUCCAUGAGAGAUUUCAAGACUAUGAAGAGAAUGUUGAAAAAUCAUCCAACAAUCAAACUUGAUCAUAUAGUAAAAGAACGUUAUCCAACUUUCAUAGAUGCUUUGAAAGAUUUGGAUGAUUGUUUGUCCCUAUGCUUCUUAUUUAGUACUUUUCCAUCAAUGGAGCAUAUUCCUAGGGAUCAGAGUGUUUUGUGUCGCCGAUUAACUGUAGAAUUCAUGCAUGCUGUCAUAGCAUCUAAAGCAUUGCGAAAGGUUUUUGUAUCAAUCAAAGGUUACUAUUUCCAAGCAGAAAUUAAGGGGCAAACAAUUACUUGGAUUGUACCACAUCACUUUGGAUUUGAACCUCAGAAAAAAAAUGAAGUUGAUUUUAAAUUGAUGUCAACUUUUGUGGAAUUCUAUAUUAUAAUGUUAGGAUUUGUAAAUUUCCGACUUUUUCACUCUUUAAACUUGGUGUAUCCACCAAAAUUCAACAACGCAAGUAUUACUGAAAAAUCCCUGGUGGAUGAACAAGCGUUUGUUUCUGAACGUGUCAGUGCUCUUAAUGUUCCCCUUAUAAAAUCUCUACAAAAUGAAGUAGAAGAAGAAGAGCUUGAAUUAGAUUCAUUUGGAUCUGAUGAGAGCAUGAGAGAAAAAAUUGAAGAGGUGUCAAAAUUGAAAAACCUUUUCAAAGGAUUAAAAGUAUUCUUAAACAGAGAGGUACCCAGAGAACCUCUUGUUUUUGUUUUGCGUUGCUUUGGGGCCGAAGUUUCUUGGGACAAACUAUCAUUUGUUGGAGCAACUUUUGGAGAAGAUGAUGAAUCCAUUACUCAUCAAAUUGUAGACAGACCCAGUGUAGACAAAAAAUAUAUUUCAAGGUAUUAUGUUCAACCUCAAUGGGUGUUUGACUCUAUAAAUGCCAGAGAAUUAUUACCCACUCACAAAUAUCUGCUGGGUGCUGUAUUACCUCCUCAUCUUUCUCCAUUCAAAGAAGAGCGUCAAGGUGAACAAUAUAUGCCUCCGGAAGAAAAGUUAAUGGAUGAAAAAGAAACAGACAACGGAAAUGAUGAUGACGAUGAAGAUGAAGAUGAUGAUGAUGAUGAUGAUGAAGAUGACGAUGAUGAUGAUGAUGAUAAUGAUACAAUGGAAGAAGUAGAAAAAACUGUAGAGAAACAAGAAAUAGAAGAAGAACAAGAAGAUGAAGAUGUAGCAGAUCCCAAAGAGAAAGAAAGAUUGAAAAAGAAAAAAGAGAUGAAAGUCAAAAGUGGAGAAGUCAUAAAAGAGGACCCUUAUGAGAAAAAGCGUCUGGAACGUCAAGAGUACCGUUUGAGGGAAAAGCUGGUACCUAACAAACACCGUAAAGUAUACAAAGCUAUGAUGAAAAGUCGCGAAGAUAAGGCUAAAGCUAUCUGGCUCUUGAGGAAGAAACGCCGCAUAAAUGACGAAGAGAAGCAAUCUCAAAAACGAGAAAAGGCCGUUGCUGAUAAACGUAAAAAGAAGUCAGCGUAAAUCGUUUUUAGUAGACUUUGUAAAUAAUAGGUGUAAUAUACUGUUUACUAGUUCUAAAAAAUUCAUAAAAAAAAA